CCCUUUUUUGAAGAUGGGAACUACAUCAGCUCUUUUCCAAUCCUCUGGUAGUUCCCCAGUGCUCCAGGAUUUUCGAAAGAUGUGGUAUAGUGGUUCUAAGAUCAUAUCUGCUAGAUCCUUUAGAACUCAGGGAUGUAAUCCAUCAGGUCCUGGUGAUUUGUGUUUGUCAAGAUCAGACAGGUGUUCUCUUAUCAUUUUUUUGCUUAUUUUAAUUUUUAGUCUGUCUUUUACAGUUGGUUUGAUCAUCAUUAUGUUCAAUUUGGACAUAUUCUUCUUGCAAGGUUUGGGGUUUUUCACUUUGUAGGUUCAGAGUGGUUAGUUUCCUAGACCCUUCCUACAGCCUACAAUAAGCUCUCCUCUCCGCAGUCGCCUCUCCUCCUCCCUGCUCCGCUCUCUCACUGGCUCGUCUUUUUGUUCUCUGCCGAUCGUUGCUUUGCCGCACGGAUGAUUUUCCUCCUUGCACCACAGGUGACCCCACUCACCCACCAGCUGGCCUCCUUGUUCUCUGCCGGUUCGUUUUGCCUCUCCGCUCACCUCACUUCAAUGGGCCUCCGGGCUCUUUGGGUAAGGCCUCCUGAGUACAGCUGGACUUCUCUCAGCAAGCUAAGUUCCCUGCGGGCCCUUGGUGACGUUUUCCUCCUAUUUCUCCAAUCUCCGUUUCCUUUCUCCACUCUUUUCUUUUUCUAGGAUUUAUGUCUCCCUCUCCAUCUCUCCUCCUAUCGUUUAUCUUGGAUUACUAGCAACUUUCUCCCCACGAUGUAACUAUUCUUCCUCAGUUGCCCCGAUCUUAGAAGGAUAUCCACGUUGUAACCCUGUAACAUUUCCUUCCCAAGAGGCGGGGCGGAACAAAACAGUAGGAGGAUUUGAUGCCGUGACUAAUUUCCUCCUUCGCGAGGUGACUCCCUCCCUUCCAUAGAGAUGCGUAUCGGAGAGUGACUCACUCCACGAUUUCAAAGCGAAUUUCCGGAUCCAAAGAUACUCUUGUUUUUCUUCUUUCCUUUGCUGCUGUUUCCCUCCAGCUCCUUAAAGGAGGAAUUAGAGCCGCUCUUCCAAAGCCAGGAAGAAAUCCCAGGUUUCCUUACACUUGUGACCGGGGAAUCGCCGGACACAGUAAAACAUGGUGGAUUAUUAUGAAGUUCUAGGAGUGCAUAGACAUGCCUCACCAGAAGACAUUAAAAAAGCGUACCGUAAACUGGCGUUAAAAUGGCACCCUGACAAAAAUCCAGAUAAGAAAGAGGAAGCUGAGAGACAAUUCAAGCAAGUUGCUGAGGCUUACGAAGUGCUUUCAGAUGCUAAAAAGCGGGAUCUCUAUGACAAAUAUGGAAAAGAAGGGUUAAAUGGAGGCAGAGGUAGAUGUCAUUUUGACAGUUCAUUUGAAUAUGGUUUUACAUUCCGUAAUCCAGAGGAUGUCUUCAGGGAGUUCUUUGGUGGAAGAGACCCAUUCUCUUUUGAUUUCUUUG